AUGUCUCACGGAUUAAAUUUUUUAUUUUUGAAACGUUUUUAUAACCUUUUCCAUGUAUUUAUACCCAUAUCACGUUUAUCGUUGAAAAAUAUUGAUGAAAGUUCUUCUACAUCAUGUUGUUCAUGCUAUCAACAUCCAUUAUUGCUUAUAUUCCUUAUACUCGCCAAUGAAGGAUUGUUACAAUAUAUUAUUUAUCUCGUUGGUUUAUUACCAUCAAAAUUUUAUGUACAAUUAAGUGCAUCACCUAACAAUCGUGAUUUACCAAUGUUUCGAUGGCUUGUCCUUCAAGCAUUUAUUUAUGUCUGUAUUAAUGCUUUUUUAAAAUCAUUAUCACAAUUUUUAGCAUCUGUUCUAUAUGUAAAAUGGCGAACAAAUCUUGUUUGCUAUCUUCAAACAUUGUAUUUUACUAAACAACGUUAUUAUCAUUUAUCAAAUACAACAUAUGAACAAAAAACUCAACAAAAACAACAACAAGAAAAUAGUCGAACAUACAAGAAUUAUACAUUACAAACAUCACAUGAUGACGAUGAUAUUUCACGUUCAAAUUCAUCAGUAUUCGUGUCUUUGAAUUCAUCUUUGACACCGUCACAAGUCUCCAACGACUCCUGUAUUAAUAUUGAUAAUCCUGAUCAACGCAUUACACAAGAUACAGAUCAAUUAUGUAAAACGUUAGCGUAUAUUAUUCCAUUAUUGCUUGUAUCACCAUUUACCAUUGCUUAUUAUGUUUAUCGGACAUGGCAAAUAACAGGAUAUUGGGGACCAUUAACCAUUUUUUUGUAUUUUAUUCUUUCAACAAUAAUUAAUAAAUAUUUUAUUUCAUGUGUAUCACGUACAAUUUAUAAACAAAAUAGUUAUGAAGGUAGUUAUCGUUAUUUACAUACACAAAUUCGAACUCAUAAUGAAUCCAUUGCAUUUUAUAAUGGUGGUUUAUUUGAAUUAAAACGUUUUAAUUUAUAUUUUAUAUCAAAAAUACGUGUAAUAUUAUAUCGUCGUACAGUUCAAGAAUUUUUUCUCUCUUUAACAACAAAUUUAUUCGAUUAUAUCGGUAGUAUAUUAAGUUAUCUAUUGAUAUCCGUAGCUCUGUUCGUAUUUCAUCUCUACGAUCAUUUACCACAAUCUGAUAUAAUUAAAACAAUUAGUCAAAUAUCAUUUAUAACAAUGUAUUUGAUAUAUCGUUUUAGUAUGUUAAAUGAUAUAACAGAUAAAAUGACAAUAAUAGCAGCAAAUACCCAUCGUGUGCAAACAUUUAUUGAAUGGAUGAAAAAAAUAGAUACAAAGUGGAAUGACAGUAAUAACAGACCAAUCAUAACAGUAACAGGAGAAAAUGAUUCUCAACAUGUUGUUUUACAAAUAAAAGAUUUAUCCUAUUCAUCACCAGCCAAUAUACAACAUGUUUUAAUGAAAAAUUUAAAUUUAAUACUACACGAUCAUCAACGUUUACUUAUAACCGGUGAUAGCGGAAUAGGAAAAACAUCCUUAUUUCGUGUAUUACAUUCCAUAUGGCCAAUUACUAUAAACGGAAAAUUUUCUUUUGAUCAAACACAAUCAUUUUUAUUACCACAACGUCCGUACUUUACAAAUCAACCAUUAUACAAUGAAUUGUUUUAUCCAAAUCAUUCAAUAAAUUUGCCAACUACUGAACAACAAUCAGAAAUUGAACAUUUAUUAGCAGAAUGGAAUCUUUCGCAUCUUUUACAAUAUGUCAAUUCUAAUUUGUUUCUAUGUCCUAAAUAUUCAUGGAACGAUCUUUUAUCACCCGGUGAAUUACAACGUCUAUCAUUUAUACGUUUUCUUCUUCAAGAUAAAUUUCAGAUUAAUCCAAUUAAACUAUUAUUUCUAGAUGAAAUAGCAUCGAGUCUCGAUUUAAAUAUGGAAAUGAAAAUUUAUAAUUAUCUAAUAGAAAAACAUCUUACAAUAAUUAGUAUAGGACAUCGGCAAACUCUCAAACAAUAUCAUCACAUUGAACUCAAAUUAUAUGCAAAUGGUUUACAUACAAUUGAAAAUAUUGUACACGAUUAG